GUCGGAGCAGGGCAGGGGUUGCGUCUCAGUUCCUGGUUGUGUUGUUGUAAGCUCCCAGGUUUCUUCUCUUCGCGUGAGCUAGCUAGAGUGGGAUCGCGAGGAAGAAGGAUGUCGUGCUGCGGAGGCAACUGCGGGUGCGGCAGCGGAUGCAAGUGCGGCAGCGGCUGCGGAGGGUGCAAGAUGUACCCGGACAUGGUUGAGCAGGUGACCACCACCACCACCACCCAGACUCUCAUCAUGGGUGUUGCGCCAUCCACGGGCGGGUUCGAGGCGGCCGCCGGAGCUGAGAACGGCGGGUGCAAGUGCGGCGCCAGCUGCACCUGCGACCCCUGCACCUGCAAGUGAGGAUGACCGGGUGCAGCAUGCAGGCCGUGACGAUGGAGGAAGUAGCUAGAUCGGAAGGACACCCUUCAGUAUCUCUAG